GUAAGGAUGUUUUGAAGAUAUCGUUGAAGGAGGGGGCUUGCUAACGCGCUGCGCGCAGAAAUGACAUUAUUACCAGCCGUUCUGGGGGCAAUUGUCUCUGGGAUUGCCCUCCAACUUACAUUUUACCUCUUGAAGCAAAGACGAGUCAACGCACAAGCUGUUUCCAGAGGAUGCCAACCUGCACCAGUAGCCGAUUCUGCGUCGAUAUGGCUUUUUGGCCUUCCAAUACUCUGGAGCAUGAUCAAGGCUGAUCGAGAUCAAUGUCGGCCUCAACUCUUCGCGAAAAGCUUCGACGAUCUUGGUCGAGUCCAUACCGUACGAAAGGCAAUACUGGGAUUUCGUAUCCUAGCAACAAGGGAUCCAGUGAAUGUCAAAUUCAUUUAUCAAUCACCUUCGUUCGAUAUUGGACCAGCUCGAUCCCAAGCAUUGAUGCCAUUAAUUGGACUGGGCGCAUUCACUGCCAAAUCGACUUCGAAGAACUACAGAUCGUUCGUUCGGUCCCAUUUAUCUCUCGACAAAGUCUCCCGAAUAGAAGUGCGCCAGACCCAUAUCCAAUACCUCCUACAAAGCAUAUCAAUUGGAGAGGACGGCUGGACAACCAAGAUUGACUUGGCUCCCUUGUUCUUCCACUUCACUUUGGACAUCGCUUCUGAGAUUGUCUGGGGCAAAUCUGUCGACUCACAGGCUGCUGCUGUUCCUUCACGAGGCGGCAGUAAAAUUCUUCUGGAGCAGUGCUUCGACAGCGGCAAAUCGUUCAUGGCUAAGAGAUGCAACUUCCUCUCGCUUUACUGGCUUGUGGACAGUUUCGGGUUUCGAUCAGUGUGUGCUCAAUUGCACCAUGAAGUGGACAAACUUGUAGAGGGGCGCUUGAACUCGGAUCCGAGCAUCGGUGGCGAACAACCCGUCAUCUUAGAUGAGAUAGUUAAGUCUACUCAGAACCGGGUGGAUCUUCGCAACCAGACCUUGAACUUGUUGAUGGCUAUCAGAGAUCCUGCUGCCGCUCUCUUAGGCUGGACUUUUUAUCAUUUGGCUCGGCAUCCCAAGGUGUUUGCGAAGUUGAGAAUGGCAAUCCUGGAAAGUUUUGGCAAGGAACCCAUUACUAUGUUGGACCUAGCCAAGUUUCACUCUUGUGCAUACCUUCAGCAUUGUAUCCAGGAAGCUCAUCGCAUCAGUGCAAUCGUUCCUCUGAACGAGAGAUUUGCAGUCCAAGACAUUGAUCUCCCACGAGGUGGUGGGCUAGAUGGAACAAAACCAGUCUUUGUUCCUAAAGGAACCCAUAUCUUGAUUGCAAAUUACGCAAUGCAACGACACCCGGAAUUCUGGGGCUCAGACGCAGACUUGUUCAUUCCUGAGCGUUGGGAGCGUCGAAAGGUUGGGGCUGAAUACUCUCCGUUUGGAGGUGGGCAACGCGGUUGUCUAGGUCCCAAAUUUGGCCAUGCUAUUGUGGCAUCUAUGACUAUACAACUUCUGCAGCGAUUUGACUCCAUCGAAAACCUCGAGUUCGCGCCUGUCCGAUAUCGAGAGACUUUCGAAAGUCAUAGUGGUAAUGGCGUGGUUGUUCGACUGCAUAACGCAGAUGACUAA